AUGUCGCGAUGGCUGCGCUUGUCCGGAGUGCGGCUCAUCGUCCGACCCUGGAGAUCGCCCUGCAUCUCACCCUGGAGAACUCACGCCCGGUUUCUGAGCGCCAAUUCAUCCGUCGAGUAUGUAGAAGUUCCGUGCGGGUCUGCGGGUAGUGUUCUGUUAAGCCUUCACAACAUCUCCCGCCAUAGCCCAACUACCCCCCUGGUGAUCUUUAUACCACCCUUCUCGCCGAUCGAAUCGGGCUACAAUGCGCCGCUACCCCGGUUUUUGGAUGAUCAUCCAACCGCGGUCAUCAACUACCGGUGGCGGCCGUCUGAGCCACGAGAGCCGGAUGAAGCACAGAAGGGACUAGAGUACCACGACUUACACAAACCACCAGGGCGCCACGACCAAGGAGGCGGCCAUUGGCCCGAGGAUCCCUUACCCUGGCCUAUCCCCCUCCACGAUGUCACCAUUGGAUACUCAUGGAUCAAAAACAACCUCGGGUCCGGCACCUACACACCGAGAAAGCCCCGGCACGCCUACGUCUACGGAUCCUAUCUCGGGGCCAGCCUCGCUACCGGUCUCGCUUUUACCGAAUCCCACUUCCCCCACCUCCUCCAGCCCAUGACCAUCCGCGGCCUAAUCGCCCACAAUGGCAUUUACAACUGGAGCAUGUUCUUACCCGACCACCCGAUCCAUGAGAAGAAACGAAAGCGGCGCAAUUCUCCCGACGGUCUCGAAUAUGAGCCGAUCGAGGAACCGGGCGUCUUUACCGAUCUCAAACACCACAUGCCAGCCCUCUUCAGCGAGCCUUCCAACCUCUUCGACCCCUUUGCGUCAGCCUGCUACUUCUUCCACACCGCCAACCUCUACGUGCCCGAAGAUUUCACCACCCCGCUCUCGGACAUUCUCGCCUCGCUUAGCCCCGAGAUGAACGACGCCAUUGAUGCCCUCGCUAGCUCGACUUCCCUGAGUGCCUAUGAAGGAGACGGAUACGACCACGAUGAAGCGGAAGAGCACAUCGAAACAGCCGACGAACUCCUCCGCAAAGCCAGCCUCUUCGCCAAGAAACAAAAAGCCCCCCGCAAGAGCUACUUUACCUUUCCCCCCCAAAACUCUGGCGUCCGGCUACCAUCAACCUUACUCCUCCAUUCCGCCCCCGUCUCCCAUGACGUCGACCCCACCACAGACACCAACCACGAACCACAACAACAAAAUUCACCACAAUCAACACCCAAGAAAAAACCACCCCCCGCAAAGCCCCUCAAACCCCGUCCCCCCCGCAACAGCUUCACAACCCAAGCCCUCGAACUCGGCGGUCUCAUGAUGCGUUCCAUGGACAUGUACGAGCCCAUCCACAUCAGCGGCACGGGCUUCUACCGCUCCCCGCGACCGGGCCCCCCACCCGACUGGCUUGUCAACGAAGGGGAUGCCGAACACGGGGGGUUACCAACACCCAUGCCUUGGGUAUCUACUACUUGCAGUAGUCCUAACGGGGCGGGUGGGGAGCAGGAAAGGGAGCGGUUGAGGGAGAUUGAGAGACGGGUGCAGAGUUAUGAGAUGAGGCCUGCGGUGGGGGUUUCGUUACCUACGUUGGGGAGGAUGAAAGAGGGGGUGGAUGGUGAGGUUGGAGGACAUGAGUCGGAAGUGGAUUUGGGGCUGGAGUUGGAUGAGGAGGCGGAACAGGUUGUGGCGGAGUGGUUGAGGGAGAAGAUUGAGGAGGAUUUGAGGCGGGAUGGGAGGGGGCGGGGGCGUUGA